AUUACCCAGAAUUCCUGUCGCUCUCCUGCAAGCUGGCUCCCUCCGCUCUGGGAGUGUUUCGCAUUUAAACAAACACGGUCCUGCCGAAGAUGGCGGAGAGUUUGUAAGGCGUAAAGAAACUGCUCUGUUCAAUGAAAGCGUCGAAGCCGAGAUGUUGAGACAUUGAAGCAGCACUAGACCCUGGAUGGAGCUUGACUGGGGCUUAUACUGGUCAAGGUGCUGAUAUGCGCUGAAGAUGAGUGGCGUAGGAGACAACUCGUUGGAGCCGCUGUGCUCUGACCGUAAACGUAAACUGUCCACCUGUGACACACCAGGCUUAGGGUGUGACAAGCGUCGGAGGGAACAGGAGAGCAAGUACAUCGAAGAGCUGGCUGAACUCAUCUCUGCCAACCUCUCCAACAUCGACAGCUUUAACGUCAAGCCUGACAAAUGUGCCAUCCUCAAGGAGACCGUGAGACAGAUCAGACAAAUCAAAGAGCAAGGAAAGAGCUCUUGCAAUGAUGAUGAUGUCCAGAAGGCGGAUGUGUCCUCCACUGGUCAAGGGGUCAUUGACAAGGACCAUCUGGGACCACUGCUCCUGCAGGCCUUGGAUGGUUUUCUGUUCGUGGUUAACCGAGAGGGCAGUAUUGUAUUUGUGUCCGACAACGUGACGCAGUACCUACAGUACAAGCAAGAGGAGCUGAUCAACACCAGUGUGUACAACAUCAUCCAUGAUGAGGACAGGGAGGAGUUUCACAAGAAUCUACCCAAGUCCACUGCACCAAAUGGGGCGUCGUGGGGUGCAGAGGCACCCCGGCAGAAGAGCCACACCUUUAAUUGUCGUAUGCUGGUGAACUGUGUUCACGGUCAGAGUCAUGGGGUGUCAGAGGAGAGGCCUGGGAGCCAACGCUAUGAGACGAUGCAGUGUUUUGCACUGACUCAACCUCGGGCCAUGAUGGAGGAGGGAGAAGAUUUGCAGUCAUGUAUGAUCUGUGUGGCGCGACGCAUCAUUGCAGUAGAAAGGACAGAGAGGUUUAGCACUCGCCAUGAACUGUCUGGUAAGCUGAUUGAAAUUGAACAGCAGGCCUCUCUUCACACCACAAUGCGUCCAGGCUGGGAGGACCUAGUGAGGCGCUGCAUGCAGAUGUUCCUCCAUCGAAGUGAGGGACAACCAUGGUCCUACAAACGCCACUAUCAAGAUGCUUUUCAUAAUGGCCAUGCGGAGACCCCACUCUACCGCUUCUCACUCUCUGAUGGCACUCCAGUCACAGCCCAGACCAGGAGUGACCUCUGCAGGAAUUCCAACACCAAUGAGCCACACUUUUUUCUCUCCACACACUUGCUACAGAGGGAGCAGAGUGGUUAUCGUGCAAAUCAGGGUGGAGGCAUGAGGCCUCAAAAUAUGGGUGUGAACAAUCCCAACCAACAGAUGAACAUGGGUCCAGGAGGAGGAGGCAUGGGCAUGAACAGGGGCUACAGUAUGGCUGAACAGGCCAAUAUGCCACAAAGAGGAGUGCCUCCAUACGCGGGGAACAACCGCAUGAAUCCCAUGAACCAGAUGAAUCCUAUGAAUCAGAUGAAUCCCAUGCAUCAGAUGAAUCAAAUAAAUCCCAUGAAUCAGAUGAAUCCCAUGCAUCAGGUGAACCAAAUGAGUUCCAUGCAUCAGAUGAACAACAUGGGUCAGAUGAAUCAGAUGAAUUCCAUGCAUCCAAUGAACUCCCCCAUGAACUCGAUGAACCAAAUGGGACCUGUGAAUCAGAUGGGUCAACAUGGGAUGCAUCAACAGCAGCACCAGCAUCCUCAGAUGGGUCAGUUCCAUGGAGGUGGAGGCGGACCUGGAGGUGGAGGGUAUGGGAUGGGAAUGACUAGCCCACCUCAGGCCAGUUCAGGGAUUAAUCCCCCACCACACAACGUCAUGGGUUCACCCAGAGUCCGAGGAAGCCCCAAGAUGGGUGCCAGCCCCUUUUCUCCUGGAGGUAUGAACUCUCCCAUGAGCUCCAGUCAUCCUUGUAACCCUGGAGGAGGAGGAGGUGCAGGAGGAGGAGGAGGCACCUUCUCCAGCAGCUCCUUGAAUGCCCUCCAAGCCAUUAGUGAGGGUGUGGGCAAUCCGAUGCCCUCCCCCCUCACUUCUCCUUCCUCACACAAGCCUGACAGUUCACCGAGCAUUAACUCCACCAACCAGGGACCAGGGGGACCCUGUAAACUCCCAGUCUACUCUGACUCCAAGAGCCCAGGCAGCUCACUGGUUACUGGAGGAGAGCAGCAGUCUCAGCAGCACCCACACACCCCCACCAGUGAGGGCCCUCCUGACAAGCCAGACAGCCAGGCCAGUAGAGAGGCGGGUCCAGCCGGGGGAGAAUCCAACCGACGGGUCCCUGACAACAAGUGCCACAAAAAGCUUCUGCAGCUCUUGACUUCCCCGACAGAUGAGUUGGUGCCACCUAAUCACACACCAACCUCUGGGCCCAGCUCCACGCCUGAGGCUAAAGAUGGAUCAGCCAGCGUCACCAGCCCUGCAUCUUCAACAGGAGUGUCCUCCUCCACGGGCGGGAAUCAUGGCACUGUGUCCUCCUCUGGCCCCGCCGGACAUUUAACAAGUCAGUCACUUCAGGAGAAGCACAAGAUCCUCCACAAGCUCCUGCAGAAUGGGAACACUCCCGACGAGGUUGCUCGCAUCACAGCCGAGGCCACUGGGAAGGGCACCCUGGAUUCAGGAGCACCAGAGCCGGUGCCUGUAGCCACUGGAGGGGCUCGGGGAUCAGAAUCAAAGCAGGAGCAGCACAGUCCUAAGAAGGAGAAACCCCACGUUCUCCUUCACUACCUCCUCAAUAAGGAUGACUCUAAAGAAGGUGGUGAUAUCAAGCCAAAGCUGGAGGAGCUGGAGGGGAGAGGAGCUCAGGGUGCAGGGGUCACCAGCUCUGACCCCCACUGCAUGGAUGGGAAAGUCAAGUUGGAGCCAUCUGAUGAAACUGAGACCCUAGAGACCAUCCUGGGCGUCCCGAGGAGCAACUCUGGCUUCUACCCUGAACCAGAUUCCAGAGCAGGAAAAGAAGUGGGAAAGAAAUCAGGAAAUAUACCUGACAGUUUACAUGAGGGGGAGAGAGGCCCCAUGCCUCCUGCUCAGCGUGGUGCCUAUCAAAGAGCCUUGUCCCUGGAUGCCAAGCCCAUGGGUGGUGAGGCAGCAAUAGGAGGCGGGCUGGCUGGGAGAAGGAAUGUCCCCUGUCCCACAUUGGUCAAACAGGAGAACAUGGAUGCUCCGAUCCGAAGUGGGCCCGUUCCCAAUGGUUUUCCAGGAGGCGUGUGUACACCGCGGGGCAAUCCACCAAGAGGUAUGGGCAGAGGAAUGGGAAUGUCCCAACGCCCUCCCAUGUCAGGGCCAGGGGACUGGGGGAUGCCGAGAUCCAGCGGCAGCCCUGUGGCCGGACCAGGACACCCUGGCAUGGGCCGCGCUGGUCCAAUGGCAGGACCCAUGAUCAACCGCUCCAACAGCGUACCUGGAAACACCAGGUCUAUGCUGCAGCAGCAACUCAUGGAUAUAGGUACCAAUGAAGCAAAUAUGGGUAUGAACCGGUUUGGCGGGCAUGCGCCCCCACCUCAGUCCCCCUCCUGGCCAGACUCUGCUAUGGGAAUGGAUGGACCACAGAGGAACACAAGCAGGGACCAGUUUGGGAACCCACUGGAAGAGCUGCUGGGGCCCCUGGCCAACAAUGAAGGCCCAAGUGAUGAACGGGCACUUCUUGACCAGCUGGAUUCUCUGCUCAAUACCGCUGAUGUCAUGGCCCUCCAGGAGAUAGAUCGAGCCCUUGGCAUCCCUGAAAUAGUAGGCCAGACCCAGGGACCAGAAGGCCACCAGCAGGGCCAGGAUCAAGGCCCGGGUCAGUGCCCGCCAUCAGAGCCUUUCCCAGGGCCAGACUCCUCCUUAGGCAUGGACCAAAAACCCAUGUAUAACCAGGGCUACCCCGGGCCCCCAGGUCCACCCUCUGUGGGCAUGCAGCCUGGUUAUGGUGGCAACACCAUUCAGGGUCAGUCUCCUGGAGGCUUCAACCCCAUGAUGAAUCAGAUGGGCCAGACAGGGGGUUUCCCUGGCAUAGCGAAUAUGGGCAACCCCCGGGCCAACAUGAUGCGACCUCGCAUGAUGACUGCCACCAAGCCUCUCCGACUGCAGCUGCAGCAGAGACUACAAGGACAGCAGUUCAUGAACCAGACCCGACAAGGCAUGAAGAUGGAACAUCCCCCCAGAGGAAACCCUGCCAUGCAUCCUGGCAUGCAACCUGGCAUGCAGCCUGCAGGCAUGGGUGGUCAGCCUGGUUUCCUGAACGCCCAGAUGAUGGCUCAGCGGAACAGGGACUUCAUGACCAUCUCCCAGAUGAAGAGGAUGAUGAUGAUGCAGCAGCAACAGCAGCAGGGACAGGGGGCAGCAGGAGGCUUCAGCCCACCUCCAAAUGUCACAGCACCAGGAGGCAUUGACAGCCCCAUGGGCGGUCCUCCCAUGAACCAGCCUGGACAGCAGGGCUUCAACUAUGGUGGUAAUUUUGGGAUGAACCAGCAGGGGGACCCAUCAUUCAUGGCUCCAGGUAGCAGCCCACCAGGAAACAUGAUGCAAGGACGAAUGGGAGGUCCUCCUCAGAACACCAUGAUGCCAGGAAUGCAGGGCAAUCCACAGGGAGCGCCCAUGUACCCAUCUGGGGACAUGAAAGGCUGGCCACAGGGCGGCAUGCCACACAGCAACUCAUACCCCCAGCAGCAGUUCCCUCAGCAGGGUAACCAGGGCCAGUUUGGACCCAUGAUGAUGAACAACUCCAUUGGUGGACCUGGGCCAGUCAGUGGGGCCAGCGUGGGUCAGAUGGGCCAAAUGCCAGGGCAGAGACAUGGCCAGAUGCAGGGCCAAAUAAGCAUGAACCCCAUGGGAAUGGGCAGAAUGCCAAUGGGACCUGAUCAGAAAUAUUGCUGAAGACUCCGUCCGUGGCUGUUGGCAGAAUCUGGAGUCUUUCAGCUCUGGCAGAGCAAUCAGAGCGAUCAGAGCCCUGAGAAGAGCUGGACCUACACACACACACACACAAACACACACGCUCACACACAGAGUACGGGUUCUCCAGUCUGAAAUGUGAUGCAGGUGACCUAGCACGACACUGCUCAUCCCAGAGGAAGUGCGCUAAAAGGACAAAGUUGUGCUUGGCUUAAUCCCAAACUGAAGCCUCACAUACUGUAACUCUGCUAAGGUGAUGCACGAACACAAAAUGUCUGUGUGUGUGUGUUUGUGUGCGUGUGUGUUUCCACGUUCAUGUGUGUUCAUGUGAAUGACCUGGAGCUGUCGGGCAGUAUUCAGUGUCACGGCCAGGCUGCAGAACGGGACUACGGUACAACUGGCUGUGGCAGCACUUUACCCGGAUGCUUCUGUGUGGAAUAAAGAUUGAUGCAAUAUUUCUUCAUCAUUACAGCCUUACUAGAGAUUCAAUGCCUUCACAACAAUAGGUUUCUGAAUUGUUUUUGUUUUUUUCCUUCUUCUUAUCUUUUGCGCCUCAUUUUUGAAGUCAUUGGAAGCUAUAAGCACACAGAUUGCUAUGUUAUGCAGAUUGGAGCAAUAACUCUUUCUUCCUCUAUGCUUUAGACUGUAACUGAGCAUCAUAACCCCUGUUAUUAGCAAACAAAUGGUACUGCAGUAUUAGAUGUCCCAAAUGUCCUCUGUGAAUAUGAAUUGUAAAUAUUUGACAAAAUAUAUCAGACAUGCUUUUUAAAGGCCCAUUAUUGCACAAAGUAUGAGACCUGGUUGUAUUUUUGUGUCCCAUAGGUCAAUACUGAUUUGGUUGAUUUGCUUUUUUUCUCUCUUUUUUUUUUUUGUUUGUUUUUUAAAAUGUCUUUGCAAAUAUUGCUGGCAUGUUAGGGUUAUUCUUUUAACUUGUUUGUCAUUUUCUGAAUGCUGUAAUUUUAUAAUCCCCCCCCCCUCCCCCCAAAAAAGGUAAUGUUUUAGCGAGGCACUUUUACUUGUGAUGAGUAUCUGAUGAGCUGAAGGUUUAAACUUUCGCACAGUCAGACGAUUUAUUGGAAGGUGACAGAACUGAGCGAACUCUGUCAGGACGGUCACUCACAUGAAAUGGUUUUUGCUGUGUUUCGUGUGAGGUGAUCUGUAUGGAUUUGAUCUGCAGUACAGUGAAGACAGGAAGACGCACUCCUCAGUUUACCGACAAACCUGGUCCCUGCAGUGUCCCCACCCACCACCCAGCGGCUCUGUCUGUCAAAUGUAUUUUUUUAUUUACACCUUCUUCUUUUGACUGUUUUUCUCAACUCGCUGAAUCUACCUUUUCAACAUGCGCAAUCCAAAGAUAUUUUUCCACAUCUCUGUAUAGUUUCUGGUGUACAUUUUUUACGAUGUGUUAUAUUAGCCUGAUGGUAAAUGGGUACAUAUCAUGGCUCUGUAAAGGCAUACGAUGGUCGUGUACUGUAAGCAUAAAGGGCACGAGGCUCAGUUGUUCUGCAAUGAGAAACCAUGAGAGCAGUGCAAAGAGGACUGGAAACUCACAACUCUGCAACCGAAAGUUUUUACAUCGAGGAAAAAAAGAAGAAGAAGAACAGCAUGUUUUGCUGUGAAAGAGAAAAUACCAAUAGAAUGAAAUCCACUUAAAGACAUAUCAAUAUCCCUUCUAUUUUUUCAGGAAACAUCAUUUUGUGUCCAGAUUUUGUUACUUCAGGAAAAGGGAACUUUGUAGAGUUUGAAUGAAGGGCAAAAAGAGGCAAAUGGUCAUUUGGUUUGUUUUUGUUUUUCUUUCUUUGGAGGUAAGAUAAGCUGUCAUUUUACAGGAUGUAUAUUGCAGAUUUUUUUUUUCUGUUGAUGUUGAUAUUGUUGUAAAUACAAAUUUCUAUUUAAACACUCUUGA